AUGAGUAUAAUAUACAUCGUCAUCACGUAUCCACUGAAGCCAAGGAUGACCAGAGGCACCACAUCUAUCCUAUUGGUCAUCAUCUGGCUAGUCUCCACCACAGUCACGGUUCCGGUUGCCGUCCACAGCGAAUUGUACACGGUGCGGCUACUCGACGGCACGGUCAUCGUUCAGUGCGCCGAGAACUGGAAGAACGGCUACGCUAUGAAGGCGUACACUCUGCUAAUGGUGUGUGCGGAAUUUCUGGUUCCGCUGGUCGCUAUGUGCGUGGCGUACUACCUGAUUGCCAAGACGCUGUGGUUCCGGGAGAUUCCCGGUGGUCAUAACACGGAGGAGCAGGAACAAGUGGCUGAGAACUCCAAACGGAGGACGAUCCGUAUGCUUAUCAUUGUGGUGGCGCUGUUUGCACUCUGCUGGGCCCCCUACCAUGGAUUCGCCAUCACCCGUGACGUAGUCAUCCCCGCGUCGAUGUCAGAGAACUUUGCGCUUUACCACACUCUCUUCUACGUCGUGGAGGCAUUGGCUAUGAGCAACAGCAUAUUCAACACACUUGUGUACAUUGUCUUCAACGCCAACUUCCGCAAGUGCGUCAUGCAGAUGAAGUUUCCGCGUACGUUCCACCACGUGAUGCGCCAUAGCAGCAUGAAGACACGGUCUUCAUGGCCUACCUCUAAUUUCCGCAUGGGGACCUAUCAGCGAUCCACGGGGCCUGACAAGUCCUUCGGGAUGUCCAGUCCCUCUCGCUCACCCGUGACGAGGCGUCCGGUCCAGGCAAAAUGCGUAGAAAACGAUUUGCGGAACUUGCUGACCAACACCUGUCAAGGCCUAGAGAUGAUUUGCAGUCUGCCUGAGUAG